UCUAAGAAGAAAAGGAAAGUGGCAGAGAUCUAUCAGGCUCUGAACAGCGACCCCAUCGACGUGGCGGCGCUCCGGCGGAUGGCCAUCAGCGAGGGGGGGCUCCUGACGGAUGAGAUUCGCUGCAAAGUGUGGCCGAAGCUGCUGAGCGUUAACACCGAUGACCUGCCCCCUCUUCCAGGUACGGAAGACAGGUUGGGUCCUCUCCUUGCAUACCGUGGCAGGCACCGGUCGGUGCCACGGCGCGUCCCACCGCCGCCUGGUGCUGUCCCCACAGGGAUGCCGGAUGACCAGAGGGAAGGGUUGCAAGAGGAGCUCAUCGAUAUUAUCCUCCACGUCCUCAAGCGCAACCCCCAGCUGCACUACUACCAGGGCUACCACGACAUCGUGGUCACCUUCCUCCUGGUGGUGGGGGACCGACUGGCCACGGCUCUGGUGGAAAAGCUCUCGACGCAUCAUCUCAGGGAUUUUAUGGACCCGACGAUGGAUAAUACCAAGCACAUUUUAAAUUACCUGAUGCCCAUCAUAGACCAGGUGAACCCUGAGGUGCAUGACUUCAUGCAGAGUGCGGAGGUGGGAACCAUCUUUGCUCUCAGCUGGCUGAUCACCUGGUUCGGGCACGUUUUGUCCGACUUCAGGCACGUCGUGCGAUUAUACGACUUCUUCCUGGCUUGCCAUCCGCUGAUGCCCAUUUAUUUUGCUGCGGUGAUCGUGCUGCACCGGGAGCAGGAAGUUCUGGACUGCGAAUGCGACAUGGCCUCUGUCCACCACCUCCUGUCCCAGAUCCCGCAGGACCUUCCUUACGAGACUCUCAUCAGCAAAGCUGGGGACCUUUUCGUCCAGUUUCCACCGUCUGAACUCGCCAAGGAGGCAGCUCAGCAGCAAGCCGACCGAACUGCGGCUUCCACUUUUAAGGACUUUGAGCUGGCGUCAGUGCAGCAGAGACCGGACACUGUGUUGAGGCAGCGCUUCAGGGAGCGGCUCCGAGGGGAGGAGCGGACAAAAUCCAUCUUGACAAAGCCGAGGACCAACCGCUUUGUCAAGCUGGCGGUGAUGGGGCAAGCAGCUGCCCUGGCCGUGGUGAAGAGCGCGCUGGAGUGGGCGCCCAAGUUCGAGCUGCAGAUCUUCCCCUGA